CUAUUCCCCCAGUCAUCGUCCGUCGCCGCUGGAGAGUCCGCCGCUAAGCAUGAGUCGUGACGCCGUUGUGAAGACUGUUGUGGCUACGUACGAAAAGCUGAAAAAUGAAUGGUCGAAAAAGAACCGGAAUCUCGAGAGCUGUGGGAAAUUCUUGUCAGAUAUUAAGAUUGAGUUAACCAAACUUCAGUUCUUGCCAUCUAUGGGUCACAGUGUCUCCAAAGAAGAACUUCUUGUUGCUAGGAAUGCCUUAGAGAUUGGCGCACUAUGGAGUAUUGCAGUCAAAGACAUUCCAUCCUUCGAGCGUUAUAUUGCAAUGCUUAAAAUUUAUUACAUGGAUUAUAGUUCUCAGUUACCUGAGUCUGCCUACAUGUAUGAACUUCUGGGAUUGGAUCUCUUGUGUCUUCUAGCUCAGAAUAAAGUAGGAGAGUUCCACACAGCACUGGAGCAUCUUCCUGCACCAGCAGUUACUGACAAUGUCUACAUCAGGCAUCCUGUAGCUAUGGAGCAGUACCUUAUGGAAGGUGCUUACAACAAGAUCUACCUAGCUAAAGGUGAAGUCCCAGCUGAAGGUUAUAAAUUCUUCAUUGAGGAGCUUUUGUCGACAAUUCGUGAAGACAUUGCUGACUGUGUUGAAAAUGCAUACGAUCACAUCAGGCCAGAAGACAUUGGCAAAAUGCUUUAUCUGUCAAGCACAAAAGAGAUUCUUCAGUAUUGUGAACAGAGAGGCUGGCAAGUUGGCAGUGAUGGCUAUCUGCACUUCAAGAAGGAGGUGCGAAAGAGUGAUGACAGCAUCCCAUCUCAAGAGCUCGCUCAUCAGAUGAUUAAUUAUGCUCGUGAAAUGGAACAGAUUGUAUAAACCUCUUUAUUGUGUAAAAGAAGAUUUCGUUUAGCUAAACAAACUUUCAAGAUAAGAGUUUUUGUGAGUCAUUAGGAAAUCAGGUUUUAAUUUUGUUAUUUUGAUUAUUAUUAUUAUUAUUUAUUUUUUUCUUCAUUCUCUUUUUUAUGAUAGUUAGAACUGCAGUGUGAAAGACCAAAAUAAAUUUGAACUGAUAUAUUUAAGGUGCAUCUCAUUAGUACUGAUUAAAAUGAUUACCUUAUGAAAUGAAUGUUCUUACGUUGGUUUCUAAUAAAAUCGGAAAAGGUA